AACCAACCGUCCGACAAACCUCUGCAUACUUUAUCAGUACCCCCUGCAGCUGACACAGCACAUACCCCGCAUCUCAAAACCGUGAUUCUUGCUCGAAAUCGCCAAGCCGCGCUGUCAUUACUUAUACCAACUCGCAAGCAAUAUCACCAACACACUGCUAGCAAGUGGCCCUCAUACUCUCUUAUCUGUUAGCAUACUAACGACUCAUCAGCUCAUUCAAGAAUCCGACCAUGUCCCAAACCGUAGCAGACCAACAACCCGUGACCGACAACAUGUCACUACGCGACAUAUUCGACACGAUGAAAAAGGCCCCAGACGGGCGAGGCAUAAACGCAUUGGGCUAUGACGGUGUGCUCCGCAGUUUCGACGAGGAACGUAAUGUCGUCGAUGCAGUUGGCCUCAACCCAAUCCAGAUCAGAGAGUACUACGAGAAUUUUCCGCUACCUAAACGAUUCCUCGCCGCCGACGGCCGCAACAUAUCUCGUGAGGACAUGUUCAACCCCGCUGCGGAGAACAUUCCCAGGAAGCCCACAGAGGAGGACAUAGCUAAGAUGAAGGCCCAUAAUGAAGAGUUGGAAAGGCGCGGAGUUACAUGCUCUAUUCCGGCGAAGUCAGCCGACGACAGCGAACCGUCCAAGUCACUGUGAGCUGGGCAAGUCAGCAGGCGACGGUGGCCCGAUUCCAAGUGGGUUUGCUUUGAUCACUGCAGAAGUUCCAAGGUCUCAAUCUCGCUGUGCUCCUUUUGAGUAGUUGUCUGGUAAUACUACGCAUCAUACAUAAUUCCGUUGGUUCUCAAAGCCAUUUGCAGCAGCGUCAUGGCGGUGAAGCCGCCGCGAGCCC